UUUGGUUUCUGUUCAAGUUGCAUAAUAUUAUCUUUUAUUUGCACUUAGUAUGAGGUUUAAUUAAUUAAUGUGAUUUAAUUAACCUGUUGUUUCUAAGAAUUCAGCAGUUUUACUCGAUAUCUUAGAUUCUUUUUACACCAGCAUUUACAUAGCUUUCCUUAACUAACUUAAAAUGAAACUUUCCAUAAUUGUGGCUCUUGUCAAUACCACUCAUGGCAUUGGUUAUCAAGGAAACAUCCCAUGGAGGUUAAAAAAGGAAAUGGCAUAUUUUGCAAAAAUGACCACUUUAGUAAAAAAGAGUGGAAAACAAAAUGCUGUUAUAAUGGGAAGAAAAACUUGGGAAUCAAUUCCUGGAAAAUUCAGACCUCUCAAAGGAAGGAUUAACAUUGUUCUAUCCCGUUCACAAAGUGGGGAGUAUCCUGAAGAUGUAGUGGUUUGCCGAACCUUUCCAGAAGCACUACAAGCCUUGAAAAAGCCUCCCUUGGUUGAUUCGAUUGAGAAUGUUUGGGUGAUUGGGGGAAGUUCUGUUUACCAGGAGGCCAUGGAGAGCAGUGCUUGCCACAGAUUAUAUGUCACUAGGAUAAAAAAAGAGUUUGAGUGUGACACCUUCUUCCCUAAAAUUCCAGUAGAGUUUGUCGAAGUAAAGGACGAAAAUGUACCUUCAGAACCACAAGAAGAAGAUGGGAUUUCAUAUGAAUACAAAGUUUAUGAAAAAAGGCCAUCAACACCUGCAUAGAUUCCUGUCCAAAUAUACCUUAUAGUUUUGUCCAUGUUGAAUAAAUUAUACUUAAUACCCUUUUAUAAUUUUGGCUGUUUGUAAUUUAUCAGAUUUUGUUUGUGAUUUAUUAUUUACUGGGA